CCUUGAUGAAUUCCCAGUUUUAUCAGAUGUUGAGGAGAAUAUAAAGCAUGGGAGAGACCCAUGGGAACAUCAGCAGAAUUUACUCACUUGUCUCCACCAUGCUCUGGAUCAUCAGCUGUUUUGCUUUGGUGGCCUCCACUCUGGGUUGUGGAGUGCCUGCAAUUAAGCCAGUAAUUAGUGGCUACAGCAAAAUUGUUAAUGGAGAGAAUGCAGUGUCUGGUUCCUGGCCCUGGCAGGUCUCUCUCCAGCAAUCCAAUGGCUUCCAUUUCUGCGGAGGAUCCCUGAUCAACCAGUAUUGGGUGGUCACUGCUGCCCACUGUGGUGUGAGGGCUGGAUAUCACUAUGUUAUUCUUGGAGAGCAUGACCGCGGCUCCAGCGCUGAGGCAGUUCAAGUGAUGAGCAUUUCCAAGGCCAUCACCCAUCCUUACUACAAUGGUAAUACCUUCAACAAUGACGUCACUCUGCUCAAACUGUCCUCUCCAGCCCAGCUGACAUCCCGUAUCUCUCCUGUGUGUCUGGCUUCCUCCACCUCCAGCAUCCCCGCCGGCACUCUUUGUGUCACCACUGGAUGGGGCAAAACUGGAACCACCUCAAGUCCUCGUAUCCUGCAGCAGACCGCGCUGCCUCUUAUCACUCCCGCUCAGUGCAAGCAAUACUGGGGUCAGAGCAGAAUCACAGAUGCCAUGAUCUGUGCUGGAGCCUCCGGUGUCUCCUCUUGCCAGGGUGAUUCUGGUGGUCCUCUGGUGUGUGAAAGUGCUGGUGUUUGGUAUCAGGUGGGCAUCGUGUCCUGGGGCACCACCGACUGCAAUGUUCGCACCCCAGCCGUCUACGCCCGCGUGUCUUAUCUCCGCCAAUGGAUUGACCAGACUGUCGCCUACAACUAAAGUUCUGACUCUCUGAACAUAAGGCGAAUAAAAAUACUACAAAAAACCCCA